AUGAAGCUAACAUUGCCACUUGCGCAACUUGUAACUUCCUCAGCAUCAUCAAACCAUAUUAAAAGUUUGGUUUCAAAGGGUCUUUAUGACCAAACGCUUGAGUUCUACAAGGAGCUUCAUGUCGAUGGCUUCUACGCCAUUUCCUCUGUUCUUCCAUCAGUCGUAAAGGCAUGCUCUUUCGCACAGUGUCAUGGUUUCGGUUCCCAGCUUCACUGUGGGUUUAUCAAGACAGGCUUGGAUUCAGAGACUGUUUUGACCAAUUCCAUCAUCUCUAUGUACGCCAAGUUCUCAGAUGCUCAAUCGGCACGUAAAGUGUUCGACAAGAUGCCUCACAGAGACCGCCUCACUUGGAAUUCCAUGAUAAAUUGUUAUUUACAAAAUGGGUAUGUCAUAGAAGCUUUGGAAACGUUAAAGGAGAUGUACUCUUUUGAUCUUGUUCCCAAACCAGAGUUGUUAGCUGGUUUGUUAUCCAUGUGCGGAAAAAUAGGUUUGAGGAUAGGAAGACAGAUUCACGGUCUUGUUAUUGCUGACAAGAGAAUGGAAGAAAAAGAGUCAGUUUUUCUGUCAACGGCUUUGGUGGAUUUCUAUUUUAAAUGCAAUGAUUCUUUAAUGGCUUCGCGUGUAUUCAAUGGAAUGAAGGUGAAAAAUGAGGUCUCAUGGACUGCUAUGAUAUCUGGGUACAGUUGUGAUCAAGAUUAUGAGAAAGCUUUUGCAUUUUUCAGGGCAAUGCAGCGUGAGGGAGUUGAACCAAAUAGAGUAACAUUAAUUUCUUUAUUACCAGCUUGUGCAGAGCUAGGCCUUGUCAAGCAUGGAAAGGAGAUUCAUGGUUAUGCACUCCGUAGUGGGUUCGAAUCAGACCAUAGUUUUUCAUCAGCUCUUAUGAAUAUGUAUUCUAAAUUUGAGGUAUCAUUUCAUCUUGCUGAGUUAAUCUUCAAAAAGUCAAGUUAUCGAGAUGUGGUGUUAUGGAGUUCAAUGAUCGGCAGCUAUUCUCAAAGAGGGGAUGGUUAUAGUGCCUUGAAGCUUUUCAGACAGAUGAUGUUGGAGGGAAUUGAACCAAACUCUGUGACAAUGCUGGCUGUAGUUUCUGCUUGCACUGUCUUAUUUUCUCUAAGGCAUGGUUGUCGAAUCCAUGGCUAUAUCUUGAAACUUGGCUUAGAUUCUGAUAUCUGCCUCGGCAAUGCACUCAUAGAUAUGUAUGCUAAGUGUGGUUGUUUUCAUGGUUCACACAAGAUAUUCCAAGAGAUGCCGAAGCAAGAUUCACUUUCAUGGAGUACUUUGGUCAGUGCCUAUGGCCUGCAUGGAUGUGGUGAAGAAGCUUUAAAACUUUUCUAUGAUAUGAAAGACAAAGGAGUGAAGCCAGAUUCCAUCUGUUUCCUUGCUAUUUUAUCUGCCUGUAAUCAUUCUGGCCUUGUAGCUGAGGGAAAGAAGUUAUUCAAACAAAUAAGUGAAGAUUUCAAAUUACCUUUAACGAUAGAGCAUUAUGCAUGCCAAAUUGACCUUCUAGGAAGGUCAGGGAAGAUUGAAGAUGCUUUGGAGAUAUUGACAAUGAUGCCAAUGAAACCUAGUGCACGAAUUUGGAGCUCUCUGGUAUCUUCUUGUAAGCUUCAUGGAAGACUGGAUAUUGCAGAAAUGCUGGCCCCACACCUUAUAAGAUCUGAACCAGAAAAUGCUGCCAAUUAUACCUUGUUGAAUAUGAUUUAUGCGGAACACGGUCGUUGGCAUGAUAUAAAACAAGGGAGAGAAUUCAUGAAACUCCGAAGAUUAAAGAAAUGCUAUGGAUUCAGCCAAAUUGAGGCAGGAAAUUAGAUGUUAUGAAAACGAUGUUGUGGAACAGCUCUGAAUUCUUUCAUGCAGCAGGCGGGAGCAGACUAUAAAAUGCCCGUAUUAAGGAUAGCAAGAAAUGGUGCUUUAGCGAUGCAAAAGACUCUCAUCACCAUCUGUGGUGGCCCUAUGUAAAAUUCAUCACUAUCUGCAGUGGCCCGCGGAGUUAUUAUGGAUGAAGUUAUAGAAGCUGAAACUACCAAAAAUAGGUGUGCCAGGUAAAGUCCCAUAUUAUUCUAAUUCUCUGUAUCUGGAAAGCUGGAAAUCAAACUGUACAUUAAGGAGAUUCAAGCAACCACUUUAGUGACCUUGUGGGCAUAUUAGAGACCGGUCUGAUGUAGCUGUACUGACAAGCAGACCAAGGUGGCUAUUCAUAAUUAUAGUCCUGCGACAGGAACAGGAGGCUGGACCGUAAGAGUUUGAAGAAAAAUAAGAUUAAGAAGCGAAGCAAGUUACUCAUUGAGGCCCUUUUUUGGGUAAUUUAUUGGGGUCAGAUUUAAUGAUAGUGUCGUCAGGUCACUUGGGUG